CGCCGCCCGCGGGGCCGGGACCCGAUGCGGCGGGAGCCGUGCAGCCUGGAGGAGCCGGAGCAAACCAAAAGAGAGCAUCUGAUCUGGAAUUGGAGUUACAGAGAGCUGUGAGCUGUCGCACUGUUGCCGGGGCCUCACCUAGAAGAGCAGCCGGUAUCCUUAACUACUCAGCCAGCUUUCCGACUUCAGUCUUGGAGCCUAGAUAGAAGAGGACAAGUUAUCAGCUAGCAUGUUAGGGCACUGUUUGGGGACAGCCAUCUCUUUGAUUCCAUAAAGUGGUUUUCUAUGUAAAGUUGGCAGAGGAUCAGAACAAUGCCUCCACGGCCAUCGUCGGGUGAACUGUGGGGCAUCCACUUGAUGCCCCCACGAAUCCUAGUGGAAUGUUUACUCCCAAAUGGAAUGAUAGUGACUUUAGAAUGCCUCCGUGAGGCUACACUAAUCACCAUCAAACAUGAACUCUUUAAAGAAGCCAGAAAAUACCCUCUACAUCAGCUUCUGCAAGAUGAAUCUUCUUACAUUUUUGUAAGUGUUACCCAAGAAGCAGAAAGAGAAGAAUUUUUUGAUGAAACAAGACGACUUUGUGACCUUCGGCUCUUUCAACCCUUUUUAAAAGUAAUUGAACCAGUAGGCAACCGUGAAGAGAAGAUCCUCAAUCGAGAAAUUGGUUUUGUUAUUGGCAUGCCAGUGUGUGAAUUUGACAUGGUUAAAGAUCCAGAAGUCCAGGACUUCCGAAGGAACAUUCUGAAUGUUUGCAAAGAAGCCGUGGAUCUGCGGGACCUCAACUCGCCUCACAGCAGAGCAAUGUAUGUCUACCCUCCCAAUGUAGAGUCUUCCCCAGAAUUGCCAAAGCACAUCUACAACAAGUUAGAUAAAGGACAAAUCAUAGUGGUGAUUUGGGUAAUCGUCUCUCCAAACAAUGACAAGCAGAAGUACACCCUGAAGAUCAACCAUGACUGUGUGCCAGAGCAAGUCAUUGCUGAAGCCAUCAGGAAGAAGACUCGGAGUAUGCUGCUCUCCUCUGAGCAGCUGAAACUCUGUGUCUUAGAAUACCAGGGCAAGUAUAUUCUGAAAGUGUGUGGCUGCGAUGAGUACUUCCUAGAAAAGUAUCCUCUGAGCCAGUACAAGUACAUCAGAAGCUGUAUAAUGCUGGGGAGGAUGCCCAACUUGAUGUUGAUGGCCAAGGAGAGCCUUUACUCUCAGCUGCCAAUGGAUAGCUUCACAAUGCCGUCUUACUCCAGGCGGAUCUCCACAGCCACGCCCUAUAUGAAUGGAGAGACAUCUACGAAAUCCCUCUGGGUUAUUAAUAGUGCACUCAGAAUCAAAAUUCUUUGUGCAACCUAUGUAAAUGUAAAUAUUCGAGACAUUGAUAAGAUCUAUGUUCGCACAGGUAUCUACCAUGGUGGAGAACCCUUAUGUGACAAUGUGAACACUCAAAGAGUACCUUGUUCCAAUCCUAGGUGGAGCGAAUGGCUGAAUUAUGACAUAUACAUUCCUGAUCUUCCUCGUGCUGCUCGCCUCUGCCUUUCCAUUUGCUCUGUUAAAGGCCGAAAGGGUGCUAAGGAGGAGCACUGUCCAUUGGCCUGGGGAAAUAUAAACUUGUUUGAUUACACAGACACCCUAGUAUCCGGGAAAAUGGCUUUGAAUCUCUGGCCUGUACCACAUGGGUUAGAAGAUCUGCUGAACCCUAUUGGUGUUACUGGGUCAAAUCCAAAUAAAGAAACUCCUUGCUUAGAGCUGGAGUUUGAUUGGUUCAGCAGUGUGGUGAAGUUUCCCGACAUGUCUGUGAUCGAAGAGCAUGCCAACUGGUCUGUGUCCCGAGAAGCUGGGUUCAGUUACUCUCAUACAGGACUGAGUAACCGACUCGCCAGAGACAAUGAACUAAGAGAAAAUGACAAAGAACAGCUUCGAGCACUUUGCACCCGGGACCCACUGUCUGAAAUCACUGAACAAGAGAAAGAUUUCCUAUGGAGCCACAGACACUACUGUGUAACUAUUCCUGAAAUCUUACCCAAGUUGCUUUUGUCUGUCAAGUGGAAUUCCAGAGAUGAAGUAGCCCAGAUGUACUGCUUAGUCAAAGACUGGCCUCCAAUCAAGCCUGAGCAGGCCAUGGAACUUCUGGACUGUAAUUAUCCGGAUCCCAUGGUUCGGAGUUUUGCCGUUCGGUGCUUGGAAAAAUACUUAACAGAUGACAAACUUUCUCAGUACCUCAUUCAGCUUGUGCAGGUCUUAAAAUAUGAACAAUAUUUGGAUAACCUGCUUGUGAGAUUUUUACUCAAGAAAGCGUUGACAAAUCAAAGGAUUGGCCAUUUUUUCUUUUGGCAUUUAAAAUCUGAAAUGCACAAUAAGACUGUUAGUCAGAGGUUUGGGCUGCUGCUGGAGUCCUACUGCCGUGCCUGUGGGAUGUAUCUGAAGCACCUGAACAGACAAGUCGAGGCCAUGGAGAAGCUCAUCAACCUGACUGACAUCCUCAAGCAGGAGAAGAAGGAUGAGACACAGAAGGUACAGAUGAAGUUUUUGGUUGAACAGAUGAGACAGCCAGAUUUCAUGGAUGCUCUGCAGGGUUUUCUGUCUCCUCUGAACCCUGCUCAUCAACUAGGGAACCUCAGGCUUGAAGAGUGUCGAAUUAUGUCGUCUGCAAAAAGGCCACUAUGGUUGAAUUGGGAGAACCCAGACAUCAUGUCAGAGCUACUGUUUCAGAACAAUGAGAUCAUCUUUAAAAAUGGCGACGAUUUGCGGCAAGAUAUGUUAACACUUCAGAUCAUCCGAAUUAUGGAGAACAUUUGGCAAAACCAAGGCCUUGACCUUCGAAUGCUACCAUACGGCUGUCUCUCCAUUGGGGACUGUGUGGGGCUCAUCGAAGUGGUGAGGAACUCUCACACCAUCAUGCAGAUCCAGUGCAAAGGAGGCCUGAAGGGGGCGCUGCAGUUCAACAGUCACACUCUGCAUCAGUGGCUCAAGGACAAGAACAAGGGCGAGAUAUACGACGCAGCCAUUGACCUGUUCACAAGGUCAUGUGCUGGGUACUGUGUGGCAACUUUCAUCUUGGGAAUUGGAGACCGGCACAAUAGCAACAUCAUGGUGAAGGACGAUGGACAGCUGUUUCAUAUAGAUUUUGGGCACUUUUUGGAUCACAAGAAGAAAAAAUUUGGUUAUAAACGGGAACGUGUGCCGUUUGUUUUGACUCAAGAUUUCUUAAUAGUGAUUAGUAAAGGAGCCCAGGAGUACACAAAGACCAGAGAGUUUGAGAGGUUUCAGGAGAUGUGUUAUAAGGCUUACCUAGCAAUUCGGCAGCAUGCCAAUCUCUUCAUCAACCUUUUUUCAAUGAUGCUUGGCUCUGGAAUGCCAGAACUGCAGUCUUUUGAUGACAUUGCGUAUAUUCGAAAGACUCUAGCCUUAGACAAAACUGAGCAAGAGGCUUUGGAGUAUUUCACCAAACAAAUGAAUGACGCACAUCACGGCGGCUGGACGACAAAAAUGGAUUGGAUCUUCCACACCAUCAAGCAGCAUGCCUUGAACUGAGAUGGGAGCUGGGAACUGCAAGCUGGCGCAUUGUUUCUCCACUGCAUGGCAGUGAGUGACAACAGGCAGAUGGUGGCACGGGGAUGGCACAGUCAGGAACAACAUGCUCUAUAAUUGAAACACUGUACACACAAACAGGGUUCGAUAGCACUAAACUAGUUCAUCUCAGAAUCCAGCUUUAGAAUAACGAGCAAUUUCAUGUUAUGCCUUAAGUCCAAAAAAAGGUAAACUUUGAAGAUUGUUUGUAUCUUUUUUUUAAAAAAACAAAACAAAACAAAAAUCCCCAAAAUACAUAUAAAUGAUGGAGACGAAAAGAGAAUGCUGUUCCGUUUGUCUUGCCAGGGUUCUGUUUACAAUGUGGACACAACCGAGGCAGUGACUGCUUUAGGUCUGAGUCAGCUGGAGUUUAUAUUAAGUAAAUGAAAUUGGAGAAGAAUGGAAAUGCUUAUUUUCCCGUUGCUCUUCAGACUUACCGUUUGAAGUGGGGUUUGACUCCCGGCUUAAUGACGAACAACACUUGGGGUGACGGGGCUCGCUUUUGCUCUGAACACACAGCCCUUUGAUGGACUUGGUCUCUCCCCUGUGGUUUGGAAAGCAGUCACAAGUGACAACCUGCAGACAGCUGUGUUCUUGUUGGGUUUUGGUUUUUGUUGUUUUUUUCUGGACAGUAUUUACAAGGAUCUGACUUAUUUCCUAGGGAAAUUCUGGGCUGGCAUCAAGUACAGCAAUGAUCUAGAGGAGGCCAGCAGGGCUCCUGUUUCUGACCUGUACAGUAUUCACUUUGAGCUGAUUGUUUCUCCUUUGCAAUUGAACUGAGUACUUUUUUUCAUGCAUGUUUUCCAGAAAAUAGAAGUGAGUAUUAAUGUUAUUAAAAAGAUUAUUUUUUUUUAUUAAAGACUAUUUAUAUUAUAGAAACUAUCAUUAAUAUAUAUUCUUUAUUUACAUAAUCUGUCCCAUAGUCAUGCAUUGUUUUGCACCCCAAAUUUUUUAUCUUUGGUAACAGCAUGGUUAGCUUUUCUCUUGGUCUGUAGAUGAGGCUCAGGCACUAUUCCAUUUAUCCAGAUCCCCCUGUAUGACUCCCUAAGGAACGGGUUGAGCUGCACAUGCUUUCCUUCCACUGCUGUCCGUUUUCACCCGAUGCCCUCAUUGUCCAUCCAUCUAUAGUUGAGAAUGGCACAACCCUCUGAAACCAGUUACUAGAUGAAUACAAAGUAGACUAUCAUCCUGACUCUUAAGCCCUCUACUGAGGACUGGUCAUGAAUGACUUUUAUAUUAUGAGAGACUAGAAACCAUGAAUUUUUUUACCUUCGUAAGCUAUGUAUUCAUAUCUCAAUGAUAAAAGUAAGGACAUUAACCCAUUUUCCUCUCAUGUCCCAUUUCAAAGUGGUCAGGUCUCACUCCAGCUUCAUUAUUACAUCCCGCACAGAGUGCAUUAUUGAGCAUCUAAGAUGUAGGGCUAAUGUUAGUGGUCACUCUAGAUUUCUACUCAGUGUUUGAAUGAUUCCUGUCCUAGAAAAUAGCUUUAGCAGAUGUUCAGAUGCCACACCAAAAAAAGAAAAAAAGCGAAAAAAAAGAAUAAAUAAAAAGAAAAAAAAAGAAAAAAUGUGCAAUAAUUUCCUGACAGUUCCUAGCUUAGGCGUGUUCCUGGAGAGCCUCUUUACGAAGAGUGCACACUGUACACUCUAGAACAACAGCAUCCCUUUGAAGCGCUCGUCUGUGAUGUCAGACACCUAGAGUAGAAGUUUUGAAUAGUAAAUGGGACUCUAAUAAAAAUACUCUUAAUAUCUGGCUAUUUUAGAACCCUUAAAGGGCAUAAUUAUUGAAGAUUUAGGUACUUCACUAAAGCAUGUAUAUAUUAUUGCCAACAAGAAAACCUGAAGAUUAGGGGAACUUAGUUCUGUAAACUGUCUUGGAAUAGUUAAUCAGAAUUUAAACUGUUUUAAGCAGAAAACCAGAUAGAUUCUUUUGCAGAUAUAGAAAACUUCCUAACUUAUUUACUUGGCAUUUAACACUUUGUGUUACUUAGAUAUGCAGUUGCUAGGUACUAACAUCCCAUUCUUUUCUAUAUCAGGGAUUAUUACAGUCAAACUCAGUGACAUGGUACAAAUCUACAGCUCUGAUGGUGGAAACUGAAGAAUUACAAAAAGAACUGUGUUUUCCUGAGUGCCAAAACAAAAACAAAAGCCGUGAGCCUCCUUGCACAAAAUUGGUAGUUUUUGCCUUUUUUUCCUGCAUUAGUUCAAGUAGUUACCACCUUCUAGAGUCUCUGCACAAUUAAAACACAACCACAUAGCUUAUUAUGCCAUUGACAACCACAUUAAUUGUACUGAUAGAAAAUCUAUGUUCUAUAAAGGAUAUACGUAAAGAAAGAAAGGAGAAUGGUUUGUAUUAAAAAAGACAAAGGACUAAAAUUCAAAUCGAAACUGGGGUGAUCAGAAUCUGUUUUCAGCAAGCAAUAAUGUGCCACUCCCAGGUGCUUGAGAAUCAGAAGGACCUGCGGAGCAAUCACCUCUGUAAAUGGCUAUCCUUGUCAUUGAAUAUUGUGUCAAUCUUGACUUUGGCUCCAUAAUCUCACUAAGUCACUUGAGGAUGUCUCGUCAGUAAUUAUUUCUGGAAGGAAAGAAAGCAAAUCUAAAGAAACUACACUGUAGCAGAAGUAACUUGAGUCAUGCUCUCACUUCUUACCAUCGCAGCGAUACGAGACCUUUAGUUGGAAGAUUUUUAGACUGUUGUUAAUUUGAAAUCUGUUCAUCUUACUGUGGAGUUUGAUUUGUCUGUUUGUUUGCUUUCUGUUUGUUUUUAAAGAUGUUUCUAAUUAGAGUUUUUACAAGAAGAAUGGAAUCUGGUUGCUAUUUUAUCGUAGAACCUGAGACUUUGUGGUUCUUCGUGUCCUCUGUAAAACUUGGUGUCAGAGUCAUCAGACUUGAGCUUGUCCCUUCUACUCUGCUUUAUAUUACUGCCCAUCAGGAAAUGGGAGCCUGGGGAAUAUAUAAUGAAUUGUAAAAUAUUUUAAUGUGUAACUUUUUCAACUGUGAAACUGACUAUUGGUUUUUUUUUUUUUUUGAUGAAAACAGCUGCUGA